AUGGAGAGAGAUCUGAAGGACAAACACAUAAAACAAGCACACGUAAGAUCUCAGAAAGGUGAACAAAUGCACGGCACCAACUCCAAAAUCGUCCGCGCUCUGACAUCCAGUCUCAGCGAAACCAACCAAGCGACACCUGGCGACCACAACCGUAACAACUACAUCCUCGUACGCAAUGGCAAAGCCAACGACACUGGUGCUUUCCUGCUACGCACGGAUGCUCUGCCGAAGAACAACCUGAUCGUAGAGGACUCCAACAAUGGCAAAGUUGGUCAGAUCAUCAUUCAGCAGAGCGAGAUCAAGAAAGGGGUGUUCGUGCAAUCGUUGAAACGUUUGAGCUCGCCCAUUUUCCUGCUCAACGGCGGUGAAGCAGGAAACGGGCACAUCAUUAUUCAGACAGCUCCUGCGAAGGAGGUCAGGAAUUCAAGUGAAGUCGAAGACGUUGGUAAUGAUAACAUUCUGGUGCAGACAGUUGAUGGUAUCCAGGAGGUCGAAACACCCGUAGCUAGAGGGUAUGCCACGCCUAUUGGAUCAGCUUGGACUCAAGCAAGUUUUCCAGUGAAUAAAGGUGGUCUCGGAAUACGUCGUACAGAGGAACUAGCUCUCCCAGCCUAUUUGGCUUCGGUUCACUCUGUUGCCGGUCUGGAUACCAGUAUUAUUCCUGAGUUCGUGGUCGAGAAUGAAGUUUCAUCAGCAAUUAGAGAGUGGUGCGGAUUAACUGGGUUACCUUCACCUUCUACUUCAGUUCAAAAACUUUGGGAUAGUCCACUAGUGAAUAAAUCUUGGGACAGAAUCAUAUCUUCCGCCUCUGUCCGUGAUAAAGCUAGACUUCAGGCAGUUUCAUUGAAAGAGUCUGGAUCAUGGCUCAAUGCAUUCCCAAUACCUAGCCUUGGUGAUUUCCUCGAUGACAACUGUCUGAGAAUUUCUGUUGCAUUACGUCUGGAUGCAGCAUUAUGCUGUUCAUAUAAAUGCAUUUGCGGUACUGGAGUUGAUGUAUAUGGUCAUCAUGGAUUGAGCUGCAAUAAGAGUUCAGGAAGAUACAUGCGUCAUUCAGCAAUCAACGAUGUGAUUAAACGAGCUCUCAUCUCUGGAAACGUUCAAAGUAUCCUAGAACCACCUGAAUUGUGCCGUGAUGAUGGUGAACGACCUGAUGGAAUGUCAUUGAUACCUUGGAAGCGUGGAAAAGCACUGAUUUUGGAUGUCACCUGUGUAGAUUUUUUAGCAGAUUCCAAUAUAGUUUCAUCUAUCAAAGCUGCUGGAACCCCUGAAUAUGAGGCUGAGAAAAUUAAGUGCGGAAAAUAUAAAUGUUUGAAAGACAAGUUCAUCUUCAUACCAUUGGGAUUCGAAACUUUUGGACCUUGGGGACCUUCAGCCAAAGAAAUGAUUUCAACUAUUGGUCAUUUGAUUUAUGCUUGA